AUGAAGAAAACAUUAGAUAAUAAAAACAUUUUUAAGAAGGAUUCUGAUAUUUCAAAGAUAAAAACCCUUAUGAAAAACAUUUCUCCUUUAUUUUAUAUAAGUGAAUUUUUUUAUAUAUUAUUUUUACGAUACAAUGAUUAUAUAUUAAGUACAACUUAUAAAGAAAAAACGAAUGAAGAAAUUAGGAAAAACAUAUAUAAUAUCUUAAUACUUUUGUAUUUUUUAAAACCUUUUAUGGCAUUUUUAACAGAUAAUGUACAUUUUAAUUUAAAUAAUCUACUUAUUUUUUUGUCCAAAAAAAUAUUUCAGAUUUACAUUUUUCUUCACCAACUGAUGUUUUUUUGCGGUAAUGCAUUAUAUAAAGCAAAAUAUUUUUUUUUUAAGAUAUUUUUCAGAAAUUACUUAAAAGAUGGAUUAUCAGAAUCAUUAUAUUUAAAAAAAUAUGUAUUCGUUAAAAAGCAGUAUACUGGAAGCUUUUUAUACUUACCUUUAAACAGAAAGUAUUAUGUUCUUGUAAGUGAGUUUUUGACAAGUUUAUUAUUAGUAUUUAUUUAUCUUUUAAAUAAGAGGAUAAAUUAUUAUUUUUAUCUUACUACAGUUUUUUUAAUUUCAAGUCAUAUGUUAUUAUCUUCAUGCAUUUUUGAAGGGGUAGUAGUUGAAAGGUGCAAAAAAUUAAUGCAUUUUGAAAAGAUUUUUUAUAUAUCCUAUGUGAUGUGCAUAAAAAUAUUUUUCUCUCUUAUUUUAUAUUAUACAUAUAUUACUAAGGUAAGUAUAUUUAUUUUAAUAUUAAAAAGUUUAAUUGUAUUCAUCAUUUCAUCUUUAUCAAGUGAAGAAUUUUUAUUAACAAAUAAUUUAAAAAUACGACAUAACAUAGUUUUAAAAUGUGAAAAUGGAGAUAUUGAUAUUAAAAACAAUGCAAACCUUCUGUCUCAACUUUCUGUUUUAAAAAAAAUAUUGUUUAAUGAAAAUUUACUUAAAACUUUAUUUUUAUUAAUGCUAUUUAAUUCUUCUAUUGAUACAAAAUUUUCAAUAUUUCAAUAUGGUGUUCAGAAUUUUAACUGGCCUCGUUCUUUAAUGAAUUAUAUCCCUUUGGCAUCACAGUCAUCCAAAUUGAUAGGAAUAUCUAUAUUUCAAUUAUAUACCAGCAAAAAAUGUUACAAAAAUUAUGCUAUGAUAGUAAUAUUAUUUAAUUUAUUACUUAAAAUAUUUAAUUUUACUUUUUUAUAUUAUUGUAAGAAUACUUAUGUAAGCCCCUUUUUAUUUUUAUUUAACAUAAUAGUUCAAAACAUUUCAAUAAAAAUUUUAGCAUUGCCUAUAUUAUUUUUGUGUAUAGAGAAAACGCCUUUAAAUUUAGAAUCAACAAUAAUAAAUAUAUAUAUCUUUUGCUUUAAUUUAUCAAAUUUAAUUAGUAAAAGAUAUUUCAUAUGGAAUAUUAUAUUACAAGUGUCAAAAAGCGUUUUUAUAAUUUUAUUACUUUCCUUUUUAACUACAUGUGCUAGCUUACUAUAUUAUUUUAACAUUCCAUUGGAUUCAUUAAAUAAUAUGAAUUCUUCAUUAUAUACAUAUGAAAAGGAAGACAUGAAUUUGAAAUUGGGAAAAAUAGAGAAAACUUAUUUUAAGAGCAAUUUAUUUAACAAACACGAAAAAAAAAACUCCGUUAAGAAAAGUGUUCGUUUUAAAGAGGAUUUACAAAUUGUAAAAUGUGAAGAUGAAGAAAAAAAGAGUAAAAAAAAUUUAUUUAAAUUUUCAUCUGAUUGUAAUUCGGAUAGUGAUCAAUGGUUGAUAGUUGAUAAUUUAAAGAGUAAUACAAGGAGAAAGUAUAUAGAACAUAAUUCAAUAAAUUUUUCAAACAUGAUGUUGUAA